AUGUCGCACAUGACAGCUGAUCUCGAGUACUUCAAGUGCGAUAUGUGCGGCGUGUACCUCCAUCGAGACAUUUUCUGUGAUCAUCGACGGGAUUGUCACGGUCUGGGUAGCACGCAACUGAAGCGCGGUGAGUGUCAGCGACUUGCCGAAGCGCUUGGGCGGGAGACCCGCGAGCUGCUGUUGAACAAGGAUGGCGGUGACAUGCGUGCGACCUCUUCCAGUCGAGGUAGCGCACACCCUCAGACUAACGUUGCUUGCACGACCACGCUGGCCGCCGGGGCAUGCAAAGGCGUGGAGGCGCGUGCUGAGUCGACCAUGGAUGCUGAAGGAGCGGCUGUGACGUCCUCAGGACAAGCGCUGCUCUCAUCUUCUGUCUCUGUGUCGAGCGUCAGUGCCGGCGGUGUGGUGCCCAUCAGUGCGACGUUGUCGACGGAAGCGAUGGAGAAGCGGCAGGAGGCGCGAACGCGGCGCACCGUGUCAGACCGCUAUCAAGCUGGCUUAGAUGCGAAGCUCAGCUUGUUACUCACAGAGGACAAGAAGGCGGCAUUGCUAGGCUUCUUGAAUUCCUAA